AUGAAAUUUGCCACUGUGUGUACUUCUAGUAAAAAAGAGAGCAGUCGUCGUCGAAUUAUGGUUUGCGCUCCAACCAACAAGGCUAUUGCUGACUUGUACAAACUUGCUCGCCGAUUGGAGACUCGCCUCAUCUCCAGUCUUCCCGGUAUGCCAACAUCUGUCGGCAAGCUAGCUUCCAAAAUUUCCAACAGCUUGAAACGUCUAGAGAGUGGAGGUGCAGCGCACGGGAUUGUUGAAAAUAUUGACAAAGUACUACAGCAGCUGAAGGACAUGCCGCAAGAUCACAUCUAUCGAGAACUGCUACUUUCUGCCGACAUCAUCUUUUGUACAUUGGCUAGUGCAGGAGGCUUGCUCUUGCGUAUGACGUCCAGAAUUGAUGACUUGAUUGUCGACGAAGCCGCUGCUGCCACUGAGCCGGAGCUUUGCAUUCCACUUCACCUUCAACCGUCGCGUCUUUUGUGUGUUGGGGACCCCAAGCAAUUACCGGCGACUCUGCUCUCGCGCAAGGCUGUUGACCUGGGAUUGAGCAAGAGUUUGCAGGAGCGUCUCAUGUAUGAUUGUAAACAACAACAUAUAAUGCUGGAUGUGCAGUAUCGAAUGAACCCUCAAAUCUCAAGCUUUCCCUCCAGAUGCUUUUACGAGGACAAAAUUCAGAAC